AAAAUGCAAUUAAACUGGAGUGUACUUUGCCAGACAGUGACUGAAGUCUCAAGAUCACUCCUUGCUUCGGCUCUCUGUGUCCUUGAACUGGUCCUUUAUGACUUUUGGGCUCUUGUGAGAGUCAUUCACGUCAAAUCUCAUUGCAAAAUUAUUGGUUGGAGGUAGAGAUGGCAGAGAGGAAAAUCACCAACGGAGGUGACAUUGUUAUCAAUGUUCCAGAGAAAGAAGUAUCUAAAGACCCAGCAGCAUCUCCUUCUUCCAACGUAGCGGCUUCACCAAAGCCAAACACAGUGACUACAAAACUGGAGCCAUUAAGCAUUCCCGCCCCUGAAAUCUACAAGCUCUCUGGUAGCGUUCACAAGCCGCCUAAGACUCCAAGUCCUAACAAUAAAGGUCUAACUCGGAGGAGAUCAGUUUACUCCAAGUCCAACUCAAGGUUUGGGCAACAACAGUCUUAUCGUUACGAUAAGACUAUAGUAGAGGAGAAUGGUGGAACAACCCCAAAGGAACAUUUUGGUGCAGCUUCAUUUUCAAGAGCUUCUUUCAACAGGGCUUCUCAAAGUAACCGAUCGAAUAGGAGCAUUAGCUCAGCUCUGAGUAAAGUUUCUGAAGAUGAAGCUGAUGAAAAUGAAGAAAUCUACAAAAAGGUUAAGCUACACCAAGGGAAACGUAGUGUAAUGAAUCCUUUGGCUCUGCUUGAGUUGUUAAUCUUUCUUGCCAUUCUGUGCCUUUUGGUUGUGAGUUUAACCAUUGAUACGGUGAAGGAGCAUUGCAUUUGGGGACUAGAAGUCUGGAAAUGGUGCGUGCUCGUGAUGGUGACGCUUAGCGGUAUGUUCGUUACAAACUGGUUCAUGCAUAUAGUGGUGUUCAUCAUAGAAAGGAACUAUCUCCUACGUAAAAAGGUUUUGUACUUUGUGCAUGGUUUGAAAAAGAACGUUCAAGUCUUCAUUUGGUUCAGCUUGGUUCUGGUUGCAUGGGUAUUUCUAUUCGACGAUGACGAUACACGCUCUCGUAAGACCAAGAAGUUUCUCGACAAAAUAACUUGGACUAUUGUCUCUCUCUUGGUCGGGUCAAUCAUUUUCUUGGUGAAGACAUUUGCCUUGAAAGUUCUUGCUUCGAAGUUCAACGUCAGAAACUUCUUUGAGAGGAUUCAAGAAUCUGUCUUCCACCAAUACAUUCUCCAAACUCUCUCUGGACCUCCUCUUAUAGAAGAGGCAGAGAAAGUUGGGCGCGAGCCAAGCACGGGGCAUCUUAGUUUCACGAGCACUAAUGGAACGGUGAAAGAGAAGAAAGUGCUCGAUAUGGGAAAAGUUCACAAGAUGAAACAAGAGAAGGUCUCUGCAUGGACGAUGAGAGUGUUGAUGGAAGCCGUGGGAGCGUCAGGUCUCUCGACCAUAUCUAACACUUUAGAUGAAGUCACUCAUCGGAAAGAGAAAACUGAUAAAGAGAUAACUAAUGAGAUGGAGGCUGUGGCUGCUGCUUAUGAUAUCUUCAACAAUGUUGCUCGGCCAAAUUCUCAUUACAUAGAGGAAGAUGACUUGCUAAGAUUCAUGAUCAAGGAAGAGGUGGACCUUGUACUCCCAUUAAUAGAUGGUGGCGAGACUGGAAAAAUCACACGCAAUGCUUUUACAGAAUGGGUGAUUAACGUUUACACAAGUCGGAAAGCAUUAGGACAUUCACUGAACGACACGAAAACAGCAGUUCGACAAGUGGACAAACUUAUAACUGGAGUCAUGUCCGUCAUCACCUUCAUCGUUUGGUUGGUACUUCUUGAUAUAGCAACAACCAAGUUUCUGUUGGUCUUCUCCACGCAAUUCGUGGGACUUGCUUUCAUGAUCGGAAGCACUUGCAAGAAUAUCUUCGAAUCAUUUGUGUUUGUCUUCGUGAUGCACCCUUAUGACGUCGGUGAUCGUUGUGUUAUCGACGGCAUUAUAUUGCUGGUUGAAGAAAUACAUCUCUUAACGACCGUGUUCCUCAAGAUUGACAAUGAGAAAAUUUUCUAUCCAAAUGCGACUUUGAUAUCAAAACCAAUAAGCAACUUCUACAGAAGUCCGGAUAUGGGAGAUUCAGUAGAGUUCUCCAUCGCAUUCUCAACCCCGGCUGCAAAAAUAGCCUCUCUCAAGGAAAAAGUAGCAGAAUACUUGGUGCAGAACCCACACAAUUGGUAUCCAGAACCAUUGUUGAUGGUGAAGGCGAUUGAGAAUGUGAACAAGCUGAAUUUGAACGUGCUCUUCCAACACACCAUCAACUUCCAGAACUUCGCGGAGAAGAAUCUCAGGAGAACCGAGAUGGUCAUCACCCUCAAGCGAAUCCUCGAGGAGCUAGAGAUCGAUUACACACUUCUUCCUCAACAAGUUCAUCUCACCGGUCAAAAAUGAUCAUUUGUUCCUUCUUUCCUUUUGCAUUGAUAAUUUCCACUAGCUAGUACUUGUUAUUACAACAUGAUUUGCUUCGUGUUAUAAUAAAAUGCGAAUUAAUUUCCGAUUAUGUAUGUCUUUAAAUUCUAAACUCCUAUUAAAACAUAUUUGAGUAA